ACUUUCACCUUGGAUUUUGUGCCUUUAGUACCUGCUUGAAGCGCACUCCACACACGCAGUCCAAAACUAGGCGGAUUGGUUCUCUUCUCCUAUUCGGCCAUUCCAGUAAACGUUCAUUGUUUAAUUAAUAGAAAAAUGGUUCAACAGCGUCAAAACUGGCUGCUGUUGAUGGGGCUUGCUGUAUAUAUUUUAUCUGAAUCUUCUGCUUGUGAUCUCGCCUCACAGUUAUGAAACUUCGGGGUAGAGAACUUAGAAACCUGACCGCCGCAGGGAGUCGGACCCAGAUUCCCCUUGCUAAAACCCUAACUAGCGAUCAGCCUCUCUCUGUCGCAAUGGGUAAGCAAAAGCGAAGCAAAAUCCUUUCAAGUUCUUCUCAGCUUCGCCAAUCUCAAACUUCCCCUGAACCCACCUCCGUUGACAUUUUCGAAAACAUUUCAUCCUCCUCCAAAAUCCCAUUUCGACCCAGAAAAGUGAGAAAACUAUCGUCCAAUUCCAGAAUACCCCCGCAGCCACCGGUCGUCGAUCCGGACUCCUCCAAACCCAGCAAAGCAAACCCAUCUCAACUCCCUAUCCUCUUGCCCAUAACCGUGAAGUCAUUGUCGUUUGAAGGCGAAAUUGAUGCUGCUCUUAACCAUUUGCGCAAAGCCGAUCCACUCCUUAUGAUCCCAAUCGAUUCGUAUCAGCCUCCGGCUUUUGAUUCUCCCGGACCUCCAUUCUUGACCCUGGCCAAAAGCAUUCUAUACCAGCAACUCGCGGCCAACGCCGCCAAAUCAAUCUACUACCGCUUCGUCUCGCUUUGUGGUGGCGAGGCGGAGGUUGUCCCCGAAACCGUCCUCGGUCUCAACCCUAAUCAGCUCCGAGAAGUCGGAGUCUCCGGGCGGAAAGCGAGCUACCUCCACGACUUAGCGGACAAGUUCAAGAGUGGGCUUUUAUCGGAUUCCUCGAUUCUCGAAAUGGACGACGAGUCCCUGCUAACGAAGCUCACCUUGGUUAAGGGAAUAGGGGCUUGGUCAGUGCACAUGUUCAUGAUAUUCUCGCUGCAGAGGCCGGAUGUUCUACCGGUCGGCGAUCUCGGCGUGAGGAAAGGCGUGCAGCUUUUGUAUGGGCUAAAGGAAUUGCCCCGGCCUCUGGACAUGGAGCAGAUUUGUGAGAAGUGGAAGCCUUAUAGGUCUGUUGGCUCGUGGUAUAUGUGGAGGUGUAUGGAAGCCAAAGGAGCAAAAGCUACGUCUAAGGUGGCAGCAACGGCAACGGUGAAUGCUACUCCACCGGAGUAGCAGCAGUAAGUCCAAAAGACCGCAUUUACUGUGGCCAUAGGUUAGGAUUUGAAGAGCUCAAAAAAAUUAAAGGAUCUCAUCUGUAGCUCUUGUGCAGUGCAAUAAUUGAUUUCAUACACUUCUUGUCUGUUAUGUUCUAUUAAUGAAUGUAAGUUGGUGAAAAAAAUAAUGUACAAGUUUGUGAAAACAGAACUCUAAUUUUGCAUAGGUGAGGUUUCGGAGUGCUGUUAGGUUCCAAUUGUAUCCAUAAACUAGGCUUUUUUGUUAUUAAUUCUAGAUGGGUUGGUGUCAUGUGAAUUA